GGUCCAACUGGACUUACCAGAUAUUAAAUUCCAUACUACAUACUGUGCACAAAAAGGAGGAAUCAGCCAUUGGGAUUCCAAUAUUGGAAUUUGGAUCACCUGACAAAUUUGAGAAACUCAACCAAGAACCUUCACCAAGAAUCUUUAGCACACAUUUACAGUAUGAUUACUUACCAAAAUCUGUGUCUGCAGGAAAUGUAAAGAUACUGGCGGUUUUUCGGAAUCCAAAAGACACAGCAGUAUCCUUCUACCAUUUUUACAACAACAACCCAGGUCUUCCCAGCUACAGUUCAUGGGAUACAUUCCUGCAGGAUUUCAUAAGUGGAAAUGUUUCCUUUGGAUCAUAUUUUGAUUAUGCUAUCACAUGGAACAAACACAUUGAUGAUGAAAAUGUUUUGAUACUGACUUUUGAAGAAAUGAAAGAGGACUUAUACAAAGCAGUGAAGAAGAUAUCCACUUUCUUUGGGUUUUCACUGACUGAGGAGCAAGUUCAAUACAUUUCAGACAAAGGCACAUUCAAGUCUAUGAAGGAAAAAUCAGAUAAAACUCAUGGUAAUUUUGGGAAAGUUCUAUUUAGAAAAGGUGAUGUUGGAGACUGGAAAAACCAUUUUUCGGAAGCUCAAAGCAAAGAAAUGGAUGCCAAAUUCGAAGCGUGUUUAGCAGGAACAAAGCUUGGAAAUUUGUUAAAAUAUGAUAUAUAUUGCAAGGCAUAAAGUAUACGAACAGACAAAUUGAGAGCAAUGCCCUUUAAAUGUUCCUUUGUUCAUUAUUCUUAUUUCACCCUAUAUCAGCCAUGGUCUUGCUUUCCCUUUCAACAUAAUUAAGCAAAUAUCCUCUAUAUUUGGAUCCUUAUCCUUUUUUAAAAAAAAACAUUCAUUUUCAGA